AUGCGCCUCCUACGAACCGACAGACUGGAGCUGAAGUCCUUCCCAGAUCGCAACGGAAACACACCCCCAUACGCCAUUCUCUCCCACUGCUGGUCCUCGAACGCCAACGAUGAGGUCCUAUACGACGACAUCCGCAACGGUGCAGCGGAAGGAAAACCGGCAUACGCCAAGCUUGCAGCGGCAAUGGACCAAGCCAAAGGUAGCUACGAUUGGAUCUGGUGCGAUACAUGCUGCAUCGACAAGACCUCGAGCGCGGAGCUUAGUGAAAGCAUCAACAGCAUGUAUACCUGGUACGAAGCCGCUGCCGUAUGCUAUGCGUACAUCGAAGACAAAAGCUUCAAAACGGUUGCUGAGCUCGCCGAGUCGCAAUGGUUUACUCGAGGCUGGACUUUGCAGGAACUCAUCGCGCCAGAUGAGGUGAUCUUCUUCGACCGAGACUGGACCAGAAUCGGGAGUAAGAAGUUUCCUGCCAUCCGUGACAUGGUAUCUGAUCGCACGAGGAUCGACGCCAACAUUCUGACCGGAGCGGGCCAUCUUCAAUCGACCAGCGUAGCCAAACGGAUGUCGUGGGCUGCAGGACGGAAGACCACAAGACCAGAAGAUCUGGCGUAUUGUCUGAUGGGUAUCUUCAAUGUGACCAUGCCGAUGUUGUACGGCGAAGGCCGAACAAAUGCCUUCCAUCGCCUCCAAGAGCAGAUCAUGAAAGAUUCGAAUGACCAUUCCAUAUUCGCGUGGACGGUAGACCGAGAUGCGAAAGGCUUCGAGCAGCACGGUUUGCUGGCCGACUCUCCCGAGGCAUUCGCGAAUACGUCUUCUAUAGUCGGCUACAACGACUGGGAAGACGAUACUCCAUUUCAACCGAGCAACAAAGGUCUUCGAAUCGAUCUUCGUCUGACACCUGCGCACGACGGUACCGGCAUCUUCUUCGCAGCAUUGAACUGCCCCAUAUAUUCGCCGAAGACAGGUUACCACGGGUUCUAUGGGCUUUUACUUGUGAAGCUCCCAGUUGGAAUCAACCAAUUCGCCAGAGUCCACUGCCACGAAUUAGCUGGGCUGGACACCCGAGCCCAGUUCGCAAGCACAGUCUACGUGCGCCAAAAAGCCUCGGUCCUAGACCACGAGACCGUGUUGCCUUGGCACCUCUUCCAACCCAGGAACCUAUCGAUGCCAGGGGAUGACUACGAGCUCAUGAACGUUUCAUAUUUCCCACUUCACCCGGACGAAGUACAAAGCUGCGCUCCAAGGCCUGUGAUCCAGAAUUCCCUUUGGCUAGCAGCCGCACAGGCAAGUUAUUUCCAGAUCAUUAAGCGCGCGAAAAGUCUUUCAGCGGUACUAUUCUUUCGACGAAAGUCAGACGCCUCCGAGAUAUCGAUCCUCUUGGGAAGCAUUGGCGACCUUGAAGUGGGCUUCGAUGUGAUGCUCGGAGGAAACUCGAUCAACACCAACAUCGCCGAGAUCGAAGGUCGAAUGCGCCUCCAGCCCCCAGGGACUACCAUGGAAGCCGGUUCUCACAAAGUGACCAUCGAUGCCCUGGUCAAAGUCGAUACCCCUCGGAAGCUAUACAUUCUCGACAUCGCCAUCGACGGACGAGCGGAGUGGAACCGACGGUCAGAAUAUAUGCCACUAGCGUGUCGUCCUGCGGAGUACGUUCUUGAGGCCGUCGAUGACUUUGCAGAGAAUUUGCAAGAUUUCAUUGCCGGUCCGAGUGUGAAUCGAAGUCGACCUUCAGGAGCGAUCAAGCGCGGGCUUUCAUCCAUGAGGAGGACGGGCAACAAAUAA